UCUUGAGACAUACAGAAUGGUUUUGUUGAGAGGUUUAUGCACCAUAGCCUUGAUUUUCCUGUCUUCCGGUCUUACUGUAGCUUCCCCGGGUUUCAAUUUUAAUUGGUUUAAUGGUGGUGAUGAAAAUGGAGAAAGUGAAGAGCAGCUUGGUCUCAUUCCAGAAUUCUAUCAAUAUUCAUGUCCUCAAGUAAAUGAUAUUGUCAUGUCGGUGCUGGAACAAGCUAUUGCUAAAGAUCCCAGGAUGGCUGCCUCUUUGCUUAGGCUCCAUUUCCAUGAUUGCUUUGUACAGGGUUGUGAUGCAUCAAUCUUGCUGGAUGAUAGUGAGACAAUCAUCAGCGAAAAGCAGUCAAUUCCAAACAAGAACUCUAUUAGGGGAUUUGAAGUGAUUGAUGAAAUCAAGGCUAAGCUUGAAGAGGCCUGUCCUGGGGUAGUCUCUUGUGCAGACAUCCUUGCACUCGCUGCCCGGGGAUCCACAGUGCUGAGUGGUGGACCUUACUGGGUGCUUCCACUAGGAAGGAGGGACUCGAAGACAGCAAGUCUCAGUGGCUCAAACAUUAACAUUCCCCCACCAAACUCAACUCUCCAGAACCUCAUAUCAUUCUUCAAUCAUCAAGGCCUGGAUGAGAUAGACCUUGUAGCACUCUCAGGGAGCCAUACUAUUGGAGUGGCAAGAUGUCUGAGCUUCAAGCAAAGGCUGUAUAACCAAAAUGGAAGCAACCAACCAGAUGAGACCUUAGAGAGAAACUACUAUAAUGGUUUGACAUCAGUUUGCCCUAAAUCAGGGGGUGAUAACAACAUAUCCCCAUUGGAUUUUGCUUCCCCUGCCAUGUUUGAUAACAGCUACUUCAAGUUGAUCAUGGGGGGGAAAGGGCUUCUUAAUUCAGAUGAAGUGCUUCUGUCAGAGAAUAACUGGAAUACCGUGCAGUUGGUUAAAAGUUAUGCAGAAGAUGAGGGGAUCUUUUUCAACCAGUUUGCAUAUUCCAUGGUUAAAAUGGGGAACAUCGGUCCUCUCACUGGUUACAAUGGAGAAGUUCGGAUGAACUGUCGCCGAGUUAACUGAGAAACUAGUUACCAUUAUUUUGACUCUAUGUAUUGGGCUUGGGAACUUCCUGUUCUUUUAACCUUGAAUGUUGGUCAAGUGUUUCUUGUAUUGUCUAUGUAUGAAUUUUAAUCCCA